AUGCACUUGACCAGCCAGCAUAUGAGCAGAAGAUUACACGCCCCACGCCCGCUUGCGAUAUCGCUUUUCGAGGAGCAACCAAUUUCGAGGCUCGGUUUACGCGCGCUACAGCUGAGCGGAAUCAAGGCGGCCAUGCAUCUUCCCCAGGGCCGAGCUGGCGGUGGGUCCGCGUUUCGUCUCGCUACCAGCCGAAGGUCGAAAGACGACGACAUCUACACGGCGGAUGAGAUCUGGAAAGUGCUUAUCCCAGUGUCGGUCCUUGGCUGGUUUACCUUUGGCGUCAUUUGCAUCCUGUGCCUCAAUGGCCGCGGCAGAGCCGGCCGAUGGGUUCCUGAAUGGUACCUCGACUCGGACAGGGCACGAAAAUACAAGCUGGCGGUCGUGGCAUGGUGGCUUGUCGUCCUCGUCAUGUGGCCCGUCAUCCUUCCACUGCUCGGCGCGCGCAAGUUUGGGCAAAAGGUGGAGAAGACGUUGGCCGAGAAGAGGCGGCAUAGGGCACAGCUACUGGAGAACGACAAGCAGACGACGGCAAUGGCGGCGGCGGGUGGUGAUUGCUGA